AUGAAGACUAUCAUAGCACAGUGUUUAUUAUGUGGAUCCAUGGCCUUUGGGCUCUGGACUGCUCUGCUAAUGGCAUAUUUUCACUACAGUCAAGAGAAUAAACAGCUGAAGAAAACCCACCAGGAACCUAUCAAGGCUAGCUCACUUGGAAAAAAUGUGUACCAGAAAAACCAUGACUCAGAGGAAACUCCCAAUCAGAAAGUUAUUAAAGGUAAGUCUGAUGCAGAUGAACCUGGAAAACCAAAAUCUUUUCUUGCAGAUCAUUUUGACCAUUUAGAGCCAGAAUUUUACGAAGAAUUUGAGCAAUAUGGACUUAAUGCUGCUAUCAGUAGAAGACUGGGCAUGGUGAGAGAGGUGCCAGAUUCCAGGGACAAAAUAUGUCAUCAGAAACACUACCCACUCAAUCUACCCACUGCCAGCAUCAUCAUAUGCUUUCAUAAUGAAGAAUUUCACACCUUGCUCAGAACAGUGUCUAGUGUGAUGAACCUUACUCCACACCAUUUCCUUGAAGAAAUAAUUUUGGUUGAUGACAUGAGUGAAAUUGAUGAUUUAAAAGAAACAUUGGACUAUCAGCUGGAACUUUUUCGUGGGAAGAUUAAAUUAAUAAGAAACGAAAAGAGAGAGGGUCUCAUUAGAUCAAGAAUGAUCGGUGCCUCCCGCGCUUCAGGGGACGUCCUGGUGUUCUUGGGUAGCCACUGUGAGGUGAAUAAAGUCUGGCUGGAGCCCUUACUGCAUGCCAUUGCUAAGGACCACAAAACGGUGGUGUGCCCUCUGAUAGAUGUCAUUGAUAAAAUAACACUGAAUUAUAUAGCGGCACCCAUUGCAAGGGGAGCUUUUGACUGGAACCUGGACUUUAGAUGGGACAGUGUUUUCUCAUAUGAGCUGGAUAGCCCAGAAGGACACAGUAAACCCAUCCGGUCACCUGCAAUGGAAGGACAAAUUUUUGCGAUAGACAGACAUUAUUUUAAUGAACUUGGACAAUAUGACAAGGACAUGGAUCUUUGGGGAGGAGAAAAUGUGGAACUUUCACUAAGAAUUUGGAUGUGUGGAGGCCAACUCUUUAUAAUUCCUUGCUCUCGGGUUGGACAAGUCACUAAGAUACAGAAAUUCAAUGACCCUGCGUUCAAGAAAGCCUUGUCGUGGAACUUACUGCGAGUGGUUCACACCUGGCUGGAUGAAUACAAGGAUAAUUUUUUUCUUCAAAGACCUCAUUUAAAAUACGUAUCCUGUGGAAACAUUAGUGAGCGUGUUGAAUUAAGGAAACGACUAGGUUGCAAGUCAUUCCAGUGGUAUUUGGAUAAUGUCUUUCCAGAGUUGGAGCCAAUUAUAUACACUGAUGAAGAGGAAAAACAAUCAUUUAUUUAA